CAAAAUACGAAAAACCACAAAAAAAGUUUAUAAAAAACUGGAAUUUUCGCCUAUUUUUGACGCUUAGAAUAUGUGGAUUUUAUUUUAAAAAGAUUGCAAUGUUCUUUUUGUAGUUAUAUUCUUGUACAAUUCAUGACAUGUAAAACAGUGUUUAGGAUAAAAAGUCUGUCAAUAAAAAUAAUUUGUUUUUAUACGUUGUUCAACAUGUGGCCCGUGCCAUUUAAUGUAAGCUCUUAGCAAUUACCUUGUUAUCAAGUAUUGUUUACUUUCAGUUGUGUCACAUUUAGAUCUUAAUAUUUAUUGCUAUAUUUUCAAACUACAAGCUUGUCAAAACAAUGGAAGCUGCAGCAUCGAGCAAUUCGUCCUUCAAAGAAAAGCUAGCGGAACGGAUGCAACGUUUGAAAGAACUUCAUGUGAAAAGAAACGAGGCGCGCCAGCUGAACCACCAGGAGGUGGUGGAGGAGGACAAGCGCAGCCAACUGCCGUCCAACUGGGAGUCCCAGAAGAGGCGCGCCGAGUGGGUCUUGGAGGACGAGAAGCAGCGCGACCAGGCCUCCGCCAGGGGUGAAGAUUAUGACAGAGUCAAGUUGCUUCACGUUCAGGCGAUUGACGCAGAACGCAUGGAGCGUAAAAAGAAGAAGAAGAAUCCGGAUCCGGGAUUUUCAGACUAUGAACAAGCAACAUUCAGGCAGUACUCGCGGCUGGUGAGGAACAUCAAGCCCGACAUGCAGCAGUACGAGCGGCAGCGACAGAAGGUGGGCGAGGCGUUCUACGGCGGCCGCAACACCAUCCUGCACGGCCUGCACGAGGACUCCAAGGAGGGGGUGGAGUUCAUGGUGCAGGACCUGGAGAAGAUGAUCGCCAAGCGCGAGAAGUACAGCCGGCGCAGGAUCCACAACGACGACGCGGACAUCGACUACAUCAACGAGCGCAACAUGCGCUUCAACAAGAAGCUGGAGCGCUACUACGGGGAGCACACCACGGAGAUCAAGCAGAACCUGGAGCGCGGCACGGCGGUGUGAGCCGCGCGGCACGGCACUGUCUGCUAGUGUUCAAUGUACUUCUGUUUCAACUGUACAUUUUUAACUACAUAAUUGUGUGCACUUACACACUGUUAUAUUUUUUUUUUUUUUUUUGAGAAAUUUAUUUCAUAAGUGAUCCAGUUUUUGCAUAAUGAUACUUUACAUACAAUAGCAGUUUUUUUUCCCCAAAUUAUUGUAGUUUUGUAUUGGAACAAGACUCAGUUAAUUAAUUAAUUUGGUGUGUAAGAAGAGCCUUAUGCUGGGAAACAGCAAAUACAGUGUGUGUACUCAAGUACAGGAACAUUGAGAUAAUAAGAUGUUUUCCUCCCAAAAGGCACUGCAAGUAUUGUGUUUGGAAUUGUAGAACACAUUUUACAUGAUCAUGUCUGCUUUAAUAACUUAUUGAUGCUCAGCUUUGAGCGAAGAAACUUAAAUCUCAUCUUCUUUUUUUUGUACUCAAAAAACUGGUUUAAAACAACUAAACUUACUGUGUUAAAGAAUCUUCAAAUUAUAAAUUUAUUUUCUUGUUGACCCGGUGUGUUUAUUUCCCGUAAGACGUUCCCUGCCGACAUGCACAGCGAUGCGGCUGCUCACACUCGGAGACGUGGCGGCAGGCCAGUCUUCCGUACUGGGGACCCGGCAGGGUCAUGAACAUAACAGUGGGAAACUCCUUUGUAAAACAUAACCAUUUUAUUAGAUUUCAUCAGCUGCCAAUCUUAGUUGUAGCCCAGAGCGCAAAAAUGUUGUUUAUUCCGACUUGUUGGGAGUGUUUGCGUGGGAGCGUCGUGGCAGUGUGGCGGCAGACACUCGGCCGAGCCCGGGAGGCGCGGGCCAGGAACAAGACCACCCACUCUCAGUGUGCAGGGUUCUUUCUAGCACACGCUGUCCUCUGUGGCCGUCUGUCGUAUGAGUUUAUAAUUGUAUUCUUUGUGCAUCAGGUGAUGUAUAUUUUGAAACUUAAUGUCAUUUUAAAUAGCCAAAUACUUAAAAAAAACUUAACUGUUUCACUGGGAAUUGUUUAGAUGUACGUAGUCCAAACUGUAUCAUGCCAAUAAAACUAACCUACAGUUGUAGGGCUAUUCAA